CGGCCGAGGGCGGGGCGCGGGGCGGAGCGCGGGCGGCCGGUCGGGCUCCGCCGCCGCCGGGCCAGCGCGGGGAGCGCCGGAGAGCACGGAGCCAUGAGCCGCCGGCCCCCGGGCGCCGCGGCGCUGCUGCUGGCGCUGCUGGCGGAGUGCGCGGAGGCCAAGAAGCACUGCUGGUAUUUUGAAGGACUCUACCCCACAUACUACAUAUGCCGCCCCUACGAGGACUGCUGCGGGUCCCGGUGCUGCGUGCGGGCGCUGUCCAUCCAGCGGCUGUGGUACUUCUGGUUCCUCCUCAUGAUGGGCGUGCUCUUCUGCUGCGGAGCCGGCUUCUUCAUCCGGAGGCGCAUGUACCCGCCGCCGCUGAUCGAGGAGCCCGCCUUCAACGUGUCCUACUCCCGGCAGCCCCCGAACCCGGCGCCAGGAGCGCAGCCGCCGGGGCUGCCCUAUUACACCGACCCCGGAGGACCCGGCGUGAACCCCGCCCUCAAUCCCAUGGCGAUGGCUUUCCAGGUUCAGCCCAACUCGCCCCAGGGGAGCGUGCCCUACCCCCCGCCCCCCUCCUACUGCAACACGCCCCCGCCGCCCUACGAACAGGUGGUGAAGGCCAAGUAGCGGGGCGCUGCCUGGGCUGGCCGGGACCGGGGCGCGGCGGACACGGAGGAGCCCUCGCCGGCCGCCCGCAUCCCGUCAGGAGCCACUCGGGCACGCCCCUCGGUGACACCUUCCCAGCAAGCACAGCCCCUCCCGUUUUCUAUAGAUGACCAAUAUCCG